CCCUGUUCCCUGGAGCACGGCAGAAGCAGGAUGUCUUCUAGAGAAGGCUACUCCAGAAGUCAAAAUAGCAUGAAAUUUAAUUUUCCGCCUAUUUGACAAGGCUGGGUCCAGGCCCCAGUGAACGGGGAGAUAAGGGUCCUCUGCCGGGUGUGAGCCAGCUGGGACCGUGGCAAACACUCCACGGUCCCCAGGCAGGCCAUACUCCCCCCGCGGGGCCUGGUUGCCGGGCGCUAAAGCAAACGGGCUCUGUUUGCCGGGUCUGCGAUGACAAUGCAGUCGCCAAAUAUUUGCCAGCCUGGCCGGCCGUGGAGCCCGCCUAUAAAUGCUUGAGCCCAGGUGGAGGUGGGCCUGCCCGGCGGGAGCUGCAGGCCUCAGCAGCUGGCGCCUGCUGCCCCGGAGGCCCCAGAAGCUCGGCGGCGUGGAGGAGAUGGCCGCAGGCGUGAUCCGGCCGCUCUGUGACUUCCUGCUGCCCCUGCCAUCCCAUGGGCCCUUCCCGCCCUCAGACCCAGAGCCCCCAGACACUUCAGAGGAGGAGGAGGAGGAGGAGGAGGAGGAGGAGGAGGAGCAGCAGCAGGAGCUGGAGGUUGAGGGGCCAGGGGCCCGCAGCCCAGCCCCCCAGAGUUCAGGUUGGGCCUCAACUGCCCCAGAAGCGGUCCCUCUGGAUCCGAGCGUCCCCGAGACGCCGCUGCGGCUGCUGCAGUUUUCCAGGCUCAUCAGCAGUGACAUCCAGCGCUACUUUGGCCGCAAGGACAGGGGACAGGACCCAGAUGCCUGUGACAUCUAUGCCAAUGGCCGCCUGGUGGGCAGCUCAGCCGGGGAGCUGUACUGUGCCGACCUGGUGCGCCUGGCCCAGGGUGGGCCCCCUGAUGACAGCGUGGCUGCCGAGCCCAGGGUCCGCUUGCCCGGGGGUCCCCAGGGGCAGGUGCGGGGGCCGGGCCUCGGUGGGGCCAGGGCGCAGCCGCUGGGGCCCCUGGCAGAGCUCUUCGACUAUGGGCUGCGGCAGUACCCGGGGCCCCGGGCAUGGGCUGGCCGCCGGCUGCGGCUGGAGCAGAAGUACGGCCACAUCACCCCUAUGACCCAGAGGAAGCUGCCCCCCUCCUUCUGGAAGGAGCCAGCGCCCAGCCCCCUGGGCCUACUCCACCCAGGCACACCAGACUUCAGCGACCUGCUGGCCAGCUGGUCAGCGGAGGCCGGCCCCGAGCUGCCGGGUGGAGGUGCCCAGGCCCCGGAGGGGGUGCAGCUGGCCGAAGCCUAGUGAGCGGGCUGGGGUCAAUGGGGGUGAGACGGAGGCAGCAGGCGUCCAGACUCUCCUGAUCCCUCUCCUGGGAGCCCCCCGGGGCCCUCCAACCAGGGUGGCCACUAGCAGGACAAACCAGCUCAGGCGGGGACUUCUCAGGCCCAGGAAGAAGGGCUGGGCUCAUCCUGGGGCCUGGAGCUGCCACAACCAAAGGCCACCAGGGGAGGGAACGGGCAGGAGCCACAGUCCUGGCCACCCUGGCCCUCGGCCCUCAGAGCUCUACCCACAGUGGGGAGGACAGGGCAGGAGCUGUGGCCUCUUGGAGGCCAUGGGCUCAGUGGGUGAACACAUGGUGCCCCCCACUGGGCAAGGCUCAUUCUCCAUCCAGACCACUGCCCUCCUCACUGCCCAUCCCCCUGGCUGGCCCCAGCACGGCGCCUCCGCACAGUCCCGCAGCAGGUGGCUACAGCAGAAUGAGCCGAGGGUUUUCAUGGACCGGCAGGAAGCGGGGGUGCUGCCCGAGGGCAUAGGUGAACACGCUAUUUGCUCCCUCCAUGAGGGCAGGGAGAGCCACUUCCUCCCCAGGCACCGCACAGCCGGCAGCCAUGGACCCCGAGGCUGGGCCACCUGCCUGCUAGGGGGCCCAGCUGGGGGUGAGUGGGGCUCCUAGGCCACUGUGCCUGUUGGUGGGAAGCCCCAGUAAAGUGGGUGGGCCUGGGGCUCAGCUGGCUUGGGCAGAAAGGGGUUCUGGGAGUCUGGGGACAGACAGGCUCUGGGAAGGGUCCCCUUGGUCACUCCCACUGCCUGUGGCCUCCUGACCCCCUGGGUGGGAAUUCUGGGCUCUGACAG